AUGCCACAAGAUGCAGAGUCGAAUGAAAAAGAAGUCUCUCUUUCGGUUGAAGAAACCAACAAGCUUCGCACUUUACUUGGAUUAAAACCAUUGGAAACUGGUCCAUCCUCAAAGAAUGCGCAAGCUGAAGAUAACUUUCAACGACACAAGGACGAUGCAAUCAAGAAAAAGGAACGUAUGGAUCUGGCAGAGAAAAUCAAUCGAGAAAAGGAAUUGGCACACAGAAAUAAGAAACUUGCAGGAAAAGGACUUGGCGAGGCUUCAGAUGAAGAAGAUGCUGUUGGAGAUGCUGCAGCAUGGGUUUUGAAAACUAAAGCCAAGAGUGUGUCAAAUAAAGUAAGCAAGCGAGAGCAACGACUUGCCAAUAAGAGAGCUCAGGAACUCACAGAAAUGGACCAGCAAGCGUAUAGCUCUGCCACGUUUAUAGUUGAUCUUGCUGGUUUGCGAGUUGGGCACGCUAUUGACGAUUUAGCAGAAACGGGAGAAACUACUUUGAUUCUUAAAGAUUCGACAAUUAUGGAAAACGAAGAGGAUGGCGAUGAACUAGUUUCUGUGUCAUUGGCAGAACAUGAACGCACCAAAAAAAACCUGGAUAACAAAAAGAAACGUCCAGGAUACAAUCCCUACGACGACGAUUCAGAGUUGGGAGGGAAAAAAGACAUUCUACAUCAGUACAACGAUGAAGAUGUAAAAACUAGCUUUACUCUUGGCUCAAAAGGCAUAGUGGAUAUCGAAAAACUAGAGACAGCCAAAAUAGAAGUUUCGGAGAAAAUGCGACUUCAAACAGUUUCUCUUGAUUACGAGAAAACUCGACAGAUUGCAGACUACUACACCAAAGACGAACUGGUGUCAUUCAAGAAGCCUAAAUCCAAAUCUAAAUCCAAACGAGCAUCUUCGCGAAAACAACUGGAUAAGAGUGAUGAACUAUAUGAAAAUCUGAGUGCGAAUAUGGAUGUUGAUCAGCCUGCUACGGGAGUGUUUGCCAAUAGUAACAUUACUGCAGACGUGGACAAUAUCAAUUUUGUCGAUGACGAUGAUCUACAGUUGGCCUUGGCUGGUGCACGCAGAAGGGCUGCAACUAAAAUCAAUUUAUCUGGAGAGUCUAUUGCAACACAAGUAACUACAGGUGCAUUUGACUUGCAAAAAUCAAAUGAUCAGAAUAGCAGCGGGCUGGUUAUGUCAGAUACUAGUGAGUUUGUGCAGACUUUGGGAAAUGUUUCUAUGUUGGCGACUCGAGAAGCAGAGCGAGCAGCUUCAAAGGCGUUGGUGAUGGAAAGUGUUGUUGCGUCACAGAUUCAAGCAGAUCAUAAAGCUCCCGCCGAGUCAAACGAGGAUCCUGAUGAUGGCAAGAUGGAUUUAGAUGGUGAAAACGAAGAUGGAGAAAUUGAUGAAAUAUCAAAGACGGAGCAGGAACCAGAAGCCAGCAAACAGAAGGCCGUAAUUGUAGAUGAGCCACUUGUAUCUUCAGGCAUUGCUGCCACAAUGGCUUUGUUGAAUCAAAAAGGACUGAUUCAGCCAUUAACCGAAGAAGCACGAGCCAGGGAAGCCAAACUACAGGAGCAUCAAAAAUGGCUUACACAACGCAAACUAUUAGAUCGUCUCAAGGACAGUAAACGAUUGUCAGGGUCAUCACGAGACAGAGGAUAUUCCCGUAGUGCACAAGAAAUGGAAGAUGAUCGAGAUCGAGAACGUGCAGAGCGAGAUGCUGAACGUGCUCGUUUAAGGGAAGUGGAGAGACGGUUUGAAAACUAUUCACCCGAUGUGAAUAUCAAGUAUCAUGAUGAUCACGGUCGUGAAUUGUCGACCAAGGAGGCAUGGAAUCAAUUGGCAUAUAAAUUUUAUGGCAUUAUGCCAGGCAAACUCAAGACAGAGAAGCGACUCAAAAAACUACAAGAAGAGUUGAAAAUGAAGCAAAUGAGCAGCAUUGAUACUCCACUUGGGUUUUCCAGUGCAUUACAGGAAAAGACGCGACGGACUGGACAGGCGCAUGUAACAUUAAGUGUUGGAAACCACAGCAUUACACCACUGCAGGUAGCAUUACCCAAAGCAAAUGUAAAUAUUGGAGCCAAAAACCAAAGCAAAGGAUCAACAAAGCCACGACAAGGUGCUCAGACAGGGAAACUGGCAGAUACCGAGGGUGCUAGAUCCAGCAACGAGACAGUGUGGAUGGGAGGGGAUAACAAUUUGACAUUCCAAGCAAAUGGAGCAGAUGUAUCGAUUACACGAGAACCCACAGUAACAGUUGAGCCAGUAACGACAACAACAACAACGGCAACCACUUCAAGAGAAAAGGUGGUAUUUGGUCUGAGUAUGGGAGGAGUAAAGCGAAAAGGAGGACCGAAUGGAUUGGCAGGAUUAAAUAAGAAGCGAUAA